GGUGAAUGCAGAAGGAGCAGCGGCCGCCCGGGAAACCUCCUGCUACUCACCCCACAACCCGUUCGAUCUUUUUUUUCCAGAGGCGACUUCUGGGCAGAUCUAUUUCUCUACAUAAUUGAGUGCGUCUGCAGCCCCUUUGCUCGUACCCACCAUCUUCUCCCUCGUUCUUCCCUCAUCUUCACCUUCGCUACAUACCCCUUUUGUCCAUCAUGGGAGUGUCCGCUACGAAAUCCAACGGCAAAACAGCUGCGGCUGCGAACAAGCCCUUUGAGCUUCCUACGGAUGCAGCUGGAAACGAGAAAACCUCAGAUUGGCUCUGGACCUACCAAGAAGAGCCUCACCGGACACGAAGACACCAGAUCAUCAAGGCGCACCCAGAAGUAACCAAGCUCUGCGGACCAGAGCCAUUGACGAAAUGGACUGUCCUCCUCGUAGUAUCGAUUCAAGUCACCUGCGCGAUCCUGCUGCGAAACACGUCAAUCCUCAGCUGGCAGUUCUUGUUGACCGCGUACUUCAUCGGUGCAACUUCCAACCAAAACCUGUUCCUUGCUAUCCAUGAGAUCUCCCACAACUUGGCCUUCCGGAAGCCAAUUUACAACCGGCUGCUGGCCAUCUUCGCGAACCUCCCCAUCGGCAUACCCUACAGCGCCGCUUUCCGGCCCUACCACCUGAUCCACCACAAGUCCCUCGGUGUCGAAGGACUCGACACUGAUCUUCCUACCCGGCUCGAGGCCGUAUUCCUGGACAGCAUCGCAGGAAAGGCCUUCUUCUGCACUUUCCAGAUCCUCUUCUACGCCCUGCGGCCGAUGGCAGUGUUCCAGCUUCCUUUCACGCACAUCCAUGGGCUCAACCUGGCCACGCAAAUCGCCUUUGACUGCCUGAUCGUAAAUUACUUUGGCUGGCACUCAAUGAUCUACUUCCUGGCCAGUAGCUUCCUCGCUGGCAGUCUGCACCCCACCGCCGGCCACUUCAUCAGCGAACAUUACGUCUUUGACCAACAAACAUCCUCUCCCCAAUCCUCACCCUCUGCUGUCGCCGCCCCGGAGACGUACAGCUACUACGGCGCAUUGAACUUCUUCACCUACAACGUGGGCCUCCACAAUGAGCACCACGACUUCCCUGCCAUCCCAUGGACCCGUCUCCACAAGCUCCGCGAUAUCGCCGCGGAAUUCUACGAGCCCCUGCCGACACACAAGAGCUGGUCCUACGUUAUCUUCCAGUUCAUUACCGAUCCCAAUGUUAGCCUGUGGUCACGUGUCAAGAGGGAUCAGCAGCGGAAGGUGGAGGCCCAGUGGACGGAGGGAGAGCUGGAGGGAAUGGUCGAGGUUUCCAAGAGGGAUUGAUUUGUCUGGUUGAUGCGGCGAUGUCGUUUAUGGAUGUUUGAUUUUUUUGGACAUGUGAUACCCACCGUGCGCCAUCUGUAUAUGCACCGCUGGCUGGGGGAAGUAUGGGUUGUAAUUCUGAUUCUUAGAGCUUCUUUUGAGGAUAUGAUUGAUACUUGUUUAGAGUGAGCAUGAAUACACGCGUUUGAGAGAUUAGGUGGAGGCUGUUAUGCCUUCCGGAUACUAGAGUCUGGGGGCUGGAAGUGGGACGG